UCAAGCUAUAAGAGUUGUCUCAGAUCACUUUUCUCCAUGUGCUGGAAAAAGUGGAAAGUCGCACUGAACACAUGCCAGAACAAUGGCAUGGAGCCGGUGCCUUACCCUGCCUCCCUGAAGGACCGGGCAAUUUUGUCCAUCCGGCAGUCGGCAGCGAUUUUCCUGGACAUGAUACGCACCAGCAAUGGAUCCUACGUCACCCGCAGCUCCGGAGUGCUGGUGCCUGACGCUGUCAUCUACGGCUGGGACGACGGCGAACCUGACAACGGCACCCAGAAUUGUAUUGGCAUUUGCGAUCCAAGAACCUUGUUUUACGACUGCCUCUGCAAUAAAAUGGAUAUAUACGCGGGCGUAAUUUGUGUCUACGUUGCGUUGCCCUAGUUCGUUCAUGUUUCAACCGUCAUAAUUGAACGGGUGAGAUUCUGACCAGAAGCUAAUUUUGAUCAGGUGCCCGAUUUUGAUGAGGUGUAGCCGAGCGUAGCGACUCUUCGCCAGAAGCGUAGAUGGUACCCGAAUUUUAGCACGACCGAAGAAAUCUAAUCAAAUAUCGAAGUUUGUAACAAAUUCAGGUAUAUUCAAAGCUUUUGCAUUGAAUAGAGACGGGAUGAA